CCUCUCUGCUCGUCCUGGCUUCAUCAGAGCGUCCACAGACAGACAGACAGUCAGACAGAGCCCCUGACAGCGGGGCAGCUUUUCCUGCCCCUUCUCUGACAGAGUGGAGCAGAUUAAAUCCGGGAGUUUCAUGAAGCGCACUGAAGCUUUUCACGGAAAUGAUUCACCUGGAGUUUUUAUACGGACAGUAGGCUAAUUAACAAAAAAAAAAGUUUGGAGUUGGAGAGACAUGACGCAUCAGGUAGACGUUUCAAAUGGAAAGUGAGUGAAACAAACCGGAUCUUCUAAAAGUUUUUUCAAAGGACGUAGCUCCACCGUGAAGCAGCAUGUCAAACCGUGAUUCCCUGGGGGUUGGGGAACUCCUUCCCCAAGACGUGAUCCAUGUCUUUACCCAGGACAAGCACAGCAAAAAAGGUCGAAAAAAGCGCACACGCUCCCUCGGUCGAGCAUUCAACUGGUUCAAGAGAAAGAAGAGGAAGACCGGCAGUAAUGGGCAGAACCACGGUUUGGGCCCUGCGCUGGACCUGGCCCUGGAUGGACACCGUGCAGGACAUCAUGGUGGACACAAGGGUGGACAGAAGUCAGGGAGGCAGACUCAUCCACAUGGUAACAGUCAUGCUGUCCCAAAGAUGGAUGAUGACGACAAGACUCCAGCUCCCCCACAGUUCCAGGAGAACGUUUUUAUAGAGGGCAGCAGGUCCAAGUACGUGGAGGAUCUCCACACUGAGGCCCUUGAAGGGCUGAAAAUGAUGCAGCAAGAAGAAAAUGGUAAUGGAGUGGAGUAUAAAGAUGAUGAAAGCACAGUAUCCACUGUGACGGUCCAAACCGAUGGGGAAAGUGCGGGAUUUAUGACGGACAGUACCAUUGCUGAUUCCUCAUCUGUCAUCUCGAGACAGUCAUCAGUGUCUGCAAGAUCAUCCCGCUCUGGACUCACCAGGCAAGGAUCAACAUUCAGACCACUGAACUCUGGUAAAAAGUCAGAAAAGAGCAGGACAAGAAGGCGUCACAGGAGGACUGUUGCCGGGAUUCCACGACAUGUUCAGAAAGAGCUUGGCUUAGAUAGAGUAGGCUGGACGGUGGAUCAGCGGCUGGAUGAAGAGCAGGUGUACAAUGGAGAUACUGACAACAGCCCUCUGACUGAGAGCCCACAGCAAGAAGCAGAAAAAACAAAAGAAUCCGGUGCCAGCUUUCAAUCCUCUAAAAUCAUCCAUCCACUUAGUAAAGAGAAAGUUGCACAGCUGAAUGCCUCCCAUGCUGCUCACCGAGACGACUUGGCCCUGCUGCACCGGCUGAGUCCUCACACUCUAGAUGAGCGGAGGCCUCGGUCAUUGGCUGUGCCCUGGAUGACUACUGCAUCCAGCCUCCAACAGAAGCCACCUAGCCCCGUCAUGACCAUGUCACCCCAGGCUGCUUACAUGUCCAAAAUUAUUCCAAAUGCUGUGCUGCCACCCUCCAUUGAUGUGGUGGAAAUCAGCCGUAAUCGCAGCCGCAGCAGUGUCCGCACAGUCAGUAAGAGCAGCCUGCUGCUGUCAAGUCCAGCUCCCUCCCGUGCUUCUUCCAGAGCCUCAUCAUCCAGAACCACAUCCUCCAACAUCACCUCUGUCUCCCGCUACAUUGGUCAAAAUCUGUCUGAUGCCUCCUGUUGGAGCACGUCAGGAUCUUCAGACACCUUGGUAUCUGACUCUUCAACCAUCUCUACAAGGAGCACCCCUAGACGCAACACGUCUCGUGAUGUUGUUACUUCUGCGAAGGAUGAAAAGGUUGAUAACAAUUUUGCAAAUGGCAUGCUCAACCCCAAGGUCAUGAUUAAAGGGGAGCAGAAAGAUGGGCAGUUUGUGCGUAGCCUCUCUGUCAUGAAGUCCAAAAGAGCUCCACCUCCGCCAAGCAGAUCCUAUUCCCUGCACAGUAAGAUGAAACGAAGAUCCCAGGAUUUGGCGGAGGUUGAGGUAGAACCAACAGUCAUGAGUAAAGAAGAGGAGACCAAGAACUCUGGAUCAUCCAGAUGUUUAGAUAGUCCUGGUUAUCAUGGGGAUACAAGCUCUCUUGAUGACUCCACAGGCUCUGCAUCAUUCACUUUUCAAAAAUCUCAGCUUCAGGCCCCAAAGAUAGAAGAGUCAAAAAAUAAAGCAGUGACGGAUCGCAAAGAAGCUUCAGGAGAAAAGCAGAAACAGCCCAUUGGAUUAUUGUCUCCAUCCAGUGGUUACUCCAGCCAAGAUGGAACAUCCCCGAAAGAGCCUCCCAGCACAUCGCCAAAGCACAAGAAGGGGUUUCUAACAAAGCUUCAGAGGUUAUUCACUGGGUCUACCGCUACUAGUUUGCCUUCAUCUCUCCCCACCCACCCAGAGGUUGCUAAAAAUGAUAAAUCUACCUGGGAACCUAAACACGACACAGUCAGCACCAGCCCAUCGGUUCAGACCCUGAGAGAACUCUUUAACAUCCCUCCCCCACCCAAAGUCCAUGCCCCGCCACCUCCUCCCCCUGAGGUAUGGGCUCACAGUAAACGUACAUUUGAGUUACUCCUGGGACCCCCUGCUCCUGACAACAUCUAUGCCAUCAUAAAGAAAAAUCCAAAGGACAGGAGACAGCAGAGACAGUCUCCCUGUGUGUCUAGAGAAGGAUCUGUGAAAAGCUUUGCGUUAGAAAGAAAGCACAAGAAUGCAGCGCUAACAGUGGAGCCUGUAAAUGAAUCGCUAGAGUCAAAGAAAGUUCAAGAAAAUGGGAUCGUAAAUGUAGAUGUCCGCAAAGAGAACACUGAAAGAUUUUCUCAGAAUCAGGAUGUAAAAUGCAACAGUAAGGAAGAGAAAGUGAGAGGAUGUGAUAUUUUAAAUCAGAUGUUGUCGAAGGCUGUAGGUAAACAUGAGGAAAGGCUAGCAGUAAUAAGAGAGCAAAAAGAUCAGAAAAUCCCCUGUCAAGCUACUGAGAUGUCAAACAGUGAUUCAUUAACAAUUUCUUCCUCCUCAUCUCCCUCAAUGGUGGAUGGCCCCCUCCAAUCCACCAACAUACAGACCAUUGAAACUUCCGCAUCAGUACAAGUUGUUUCACCUGAAUCAGCCUGGCCUCCCCCUCCUCCACCAAUGGCUCAGGUUAGCAUCACUGGAACCGAUGGACUAGAUUUUCCACUUCCGCCUCCCCCAUUCUUUGGUGAGGAGGGUCUAAAUUUAUCUUUUCAGGGGUCCAAGAAUGUUCCAAUUUCUUCCAUGAAUUUAUUAUCUGAAGCUUCGUUGACUAAACAAGAAGUGAAAGGACCUUUGAAGUUGACAUCAUCAUGUAUCCCUCCACCCCCACCUUAUACAGCCCCUUCCUUACCAACCAUUGAGACUAAAACAAGCUCUCUCCAAACAAAAGAGUCUUCAGUAUCUACUUUACCAGUUGAAGAAGCACCUCAGACCACUGAAAAGGCAGCCCCUCUAACCAACCAGGCUGCACCUGAGCGUAUUCCACCUCCACCACCCCUACCAACACAGCUCCAACCUGCAAAGCAGGAGAUGGAUCUUCCAAACAAGAACAUCCAACCAGUACCUGAUACCCAAGAUUUACCAAACAGUAUUUUAAUCCCCCAGAGUAUUCCACCCCCUCCCCCGUCAGAUUCCCAGCUCAAACCGUCUGCUAAUGAUACAGGAAGUGAUGAGGCACCAAUUUUACCACCAUCUGAGUUCAGAAAUGUUCCUUCACAGAAUGACGCAGAAGAACUUGCUUCUACUCAUCCUAUUAGCAUUCCUUUGCCUCCACCUUUGCCAGCACAAGUUCCCGCAAGCAAUAACCAUCCUCUCAGCAUAGAAAGCCAGCAGCAAGCAACAGCCAGAGACUCAGAUAUAAAUAGGGAGCAAACUACUGUUAUCACCCCCUCGCUCUUGAAAAUGGUCAAGCUUCGUUCUGUUAACAACAGCCCCGAACCCGCUGACACUCAAGAGCAGGCCUCUUCCAAAGGUGUCCAAGAGGAACCCUCUUCCAUUGUAACGUCAUCGCUUCUACAGAUAGUCCAGCUUCGUUCUGUAAACAACAGUCCUGAACCCCCAGAAUUAGCCGGGAGUGUUAAAGAGGACCCAACACCAUCUUUUCUCCAGAAGGUGAAGUUACGCUCCAUCAACAACAGCCCAGAGCCAGCUGAAGCCAUCAAGGAUGGAAACGAGGAACUGGUGUCCAAUUCUACUUCACCAUCAGAACAGACAGUCAAGCUGCAGGCUAUCAACAAAAGCCCUGAACCAUCUGAAUCUCAAGAGACUGUUUUUUCUAAAGGUGUCCAUGAGGAACCCCCUUCUGUUUCAACAUCAUCACAUCUGCAGAUGGUGAAGCUUCGGUCAGUGAACAACAGCCCUGAACCCCCUGAUGUUACCACAGGUGUAAAAGAGGAGGCAACACCAUCUUUUCUCCAGGAGGUAAAGCUACGGUCCAUCAACAACAGCCCUGAACCAGAGGAAACAGUCAAGGAUGCAAACGAAGAAUCAGUGUCCAACGGUACAUCUAGUGUGCAGAAGGUCCAACCUGUUUCCAUAAACGGCUCCGUAUCACUUGAAUCUCAAGAGCAACCAAAACCUGAGGCCCCGGUGAACAAACAGUUGCCAGACAAAGAGCUUCCAACCUCAUCUUCCAACAGUGAGGCUCCUCAGAAGCCUGUUCGAAAAUCUUUAAUCGUGACUUCUACCACAUCCACAUCACCACCUGCCACAAUCACUUCACAACAAACUCUGACUCAGUCUCAACCUGUUGUAGUUCCAUCCACAACUUCACCAUCCAUUGUCUCUCCAAUAAAAAAGUCCCCUCCUGCCACAACGUCCUCUGGCUCCAUGAACCUGCAAGAGGCUAUCCGCCUCAGGACAGCUGCUAGAUCAAAACAGGGUCCUGCUUCUCGCCUCUCACCUUUGUCCCCCCUAGACUUUAGAUCACCGACCAGCACAGCAAGCUUUAUCUUCUCCAAAAGCAGCAAGAUGGGAGUUGUGGAGAAAAAGGAAGAGGACAAGAAAAAUGUUGAUUUUUCUCUGAAAAAGGUGGAGAGUGAAGGAGACUCAAAGAUGGAAAGAAAAAUGCCACCACCUGUUGCUAAGAAACCAAAAACAAAGGGUAAAGAGGAAGAUACCAAUGAUGCUGUGGAGCAAACUGCAGGUCAGGAAGCACAGCAAGAUGGCCUCAAAGAUGCCACUGAUGAAAUCAACGGGACAGCAGGUACUGUUCAGGGUGGGACAUAAUCAGCAUGAUUGCCAAGCCUGAAGGAGACCUUGGAAGGACUAAAUACCAAAUACCAGUGACUUUUUGUUAAUGCCAUUGUUUGUGAAAUGACUGGAUUUGAACUGAUCAGAACCCUGUAUUCAGAAUCUAUGCAUUAGGACAUAGUUUGAGUUUCAUGUUAAUGGUGUGGGUCUUAAUUUUCAUAAAAACUGAUUUAGCCUUUUUGUGAAAGCAAACGUGUAUCUUCUUACCAGAGGGUCUUCUGUGCUUUGCUGUUUAAUAUGGAGGUAAUGUGCUGCCGUCUAGCAUCUACAAGUAAUUACAUCAAUACGUCCUGCUGAAUCAGAGCUUCUGUCUUUGCUUGUAUCAAUGGGAUCUUUGGGAGCUGCUUUGUGUUUGUUUAUAUAUAUAAAACAUUUUAUUUAACAUAUCUAAUAAUUAUGGAUGUGUUUCAAAGAGUUCUGUAUAUUUCCCAAAAGAUAUUUCAUAGCAAUUAUAUUUGUUUAAAAAAUAUAUUAAGUUAUUUCUGUUGUUUCAUUGGGUUUCCCCAGAGAAGAUUUCACUCAGUGCAAAGUUUGCCUACACUUUGUGGAAAGGAAUGAUCACUCAUAUCAUAAAUCCAACAUUGUUAAAUUAUGCAAGACAAGAAAAUAUAUGCAUAUAAAGCAAUGCAAGUCAUUUGAAGCCAAUUUCCUGCUGCUUUUAGUUGCUGAUGAUGGGGGCAAUGCCUUUCCCUCGCAGUUCCAACUUCAUUUUGUUGAAUCAUAAAGAUUCAUGUUGGUUUUAGUGACUGUAACAGAGGAUAUAAUCAUUCAUAAAGCAAAAUUAAACACU